UUGCGUUCAUUUGCAGUUUGAAAAAACAAACGGAGCCUGAAAAUCGUCGUGUUCAAGAGUGUGCCAGGUGCGCUGGUGCAUUCGAAGCGUUUCGUUUUGUAAUAAAACUAGCCUUGUUUUUAUCAGCGUAAAUAUACUUUUACGAUAUCGUACAAACAUUGAAACAGAAAUGAUUUUAUGAAUACUCGUUGUCAUUUAUUAAGGGGGCUGCCCCGUGUGGCAGCCGGAUUUUGUGGGGCUUUUUCGCGAUUUUUUUGCGGCGAGAAAAAAACACAGACUUUUGAAAUUUGAAGGAUUCAUUUAUUGGUAUUUAAACUCAAUGAUAGAAAUUUUUAACUCUGAUAUCUCGGGUAGAUUCGGUGUAAAAUUAAUCCACCGAAACCCAUGUGUUUGUCCGUGGUCUCCACGAUUCCGGGGAUUGGUGUUAAUCCGAGAUGAAAAAAACCAAAGGGCGUUUUGAUUGGUGUAAAGCUGUCGCUAUCAGAACUAAAAUCAUACAGAAAUUUUAAAAAUUGAGGAAUUUUCACGUUUUUAAAGAUCUUUGAAAAUUGAAAUUUUGUGUUCAAGUUUUGAUCGUCAUCGAUUGAACUACGUUCCACCGAGGUAUUUGGAGGGAAACAGCGGUAUUUCUGUAACCCGUAUAAAGGUUGAAGGAUCGAAAACUGAAUACUCGUCACGCCUAAUAAUUUCCAUUCGCUUAUGGUUUUACGCUGGAUCUCGAUGUAGUGGUUUGAAUAUCUCUCACAAUACAACAUCAGUAUGCUGAUUCGAGACUGCAUAUAUUUGCCACCCUCUUACGAGGUGCUGUAUUUCUACUAUCUCUUCGGGGUUUUGGAUUCGAGGCUACGAUACAGCGGAGCCACUCAAGAUUUCAAAUAUUCAAGAGAACCGCCCACUAUGGAGUUUCGUCGUGGCGUCUCUCUUGCUCCCAUUCUCGGGUCGAAUAUUCCAGCUAAGCAAGAGCAAGCCCAGCAUCUCCGAAGCACACAGUGAGCUGAUUCGUAUGUAGGAACGUGCUGUGGUGGGACUUGGCGUAUUUGAGCCCCUCGCUGUUCUCUAAAUAUAGCCUCGAUUUUGUGGAUUCCACGAAGCGUUUAUUAAUUAAGCGAGCCAAAAUAAAAAGUGUACGGAUGUACUUGAGCCAAUAGAAAUCGGCAAUCAACUGUGAUUCAUUGAAGUAGAAGGGUUCUGAAGCUCUAUUUAAGAAUGAAUGGUACAAAAAAAAGAUAACACGGAAAAUAAGCCCCUCAAAAGCUCUGCUCGAUUUUCCUUCAUUCGGUAGUCGCGUAACGGCCCUCACCUUUCCAUAGAAAUAAGCCGAUUCGAUUAGUCUGCAUUCCGCAAAUAUGAAAUCCUCAUGAAAUCCUCGUUUAUGGAAUUCCGACCUCCAAUGCUUUGUAACUCGAAAUAACUUUAAAGAGGGAGUUUAACGGUGGACCAAAUUUGUGCCGAUUCUCCGAGGAAGGCACACGUGGAAGAAUCGGUAAGCCCUCCAUGCGUAAUACAAAUACAGAUUCUCUCUGCACGCAGCCAGCCUCUCUGGCUCGUCCCACCAUACGAACUUGGCUCUUCUCGCUUCUACAGUUUCGCCUCCUCCACAUUGCUCCCUCCUGUUCUCCCUUUUUCUUCUCUCUCACUCUCGCUCCGCUGUUCCUGUCCCUAUCGUCCCUUCUCAUUCCCCGAUUUUGCUGUAUAGUAUUACCGCCGUUCCCUCCGCUGCUACCGCUAUAUCACCGCCGCCACUACUACCACCAUUACCUUCCACCGUGUUCUCUCUCGCUCUCCCACCGUCUGCGAUACCGGCACUGCGAUCAGCAGCGCCUCUACCCCGGCGCCCAACAGCAGCCACCAAGCUUUCCCAACGUUUUCAGCCUCGAGUCAGUUGGCCGACAUGAGCCGCGCGCGACUCAACGCUCUAUGACGACAGGGUUGAUGAUAUUCAAAAAAUCCGUUUACUUCGCGCCAAUAAAUAAACAAUCGGAUUCAUGAGUUUUGUUUUAUUGGAAUGAGAUAUUAAAAUUUUUCAUCGAUUACACAUCGGAGUGAGCAUUUCAACGAGACCAAUAUCGGCUCCAUUUUUAUAGUGGACAAUUCAAGUUUAAAGGACUUAAGUGAAGCAGUUCACCGUCGUUAUCUUAUCUCGAAACAACACAGAUCGUCACGUGCAUUUAUAAAACUUCAACAUCAAUUUGACUGGAUCAUUGAACUUUAACUAAUGCUUAGUAAAUCAUUAUUUUUCGGGGCGACAGAAUUUUGCUUUUGUUCUCGAGUCAAAUGAUUCGACUUCAAUUUUAUACUGAUCAUUACUCCUGCAAUAAGGGAUCGUGUGGAACGAUCGACUUUUUAUCGAUACCUGCCGAGUGUUUAUUUACUCUGGGAAUCUCAUAGUGAUCGAGUUGAGCCGGUUUUUUAUUGAGAAACCAAUCGAGCGUGCUUAAUAAUAAUCAUAAAAUAACAACAAUCUUGAAAUCACGCUGUUUUUGCUUCGGCAGUGCGAACAAACUGAAAGUGCGAUAAAAACGCGGAGUGAGUGAUCCGUGGUGGAUAAAGUGGCGUGAAAUAAGAUUUAAAUGGAUAUCGCAAGCGUCCGAUGAAUUUUCCGAGCUUCACGUAGAAAGUGCGUCUUCUCUUUGGUCACUGUGGAGCUGCGGAGACCGGAAGAGACGAAGAGGAAAAACCCCGAAGUGUUGCACGAGGAUACUUUUUUCAAGGGUGUUUGAUCGUUAUAAAAUGGACGAAUGACCUGUACGAUUGUACGCGAUGAGACCGAGAUCGUGCUCAAUGGUGGCUGCUCUCGUGUGCUGCAUAAUACUGCUGGCUCGACCAGUCCGAUCCUUCACCGCCGAGGAGGUUCCAGAUGUUGAGGAUGUCGCUGAUGACGAAGAGUCGUAUCUCCUCGAGGAGGAUGACUCGCCAUCCGCAACUAUAGCGAGCGACACUGAACUAAUCUCGGAAGGGGGUGGACACUUGCCAGUUUUUCUCACCGAGCCUCUCGAUGCGUUCGUCGUAAAGAGCAAACCGGCAACACUACGUUGUAAAGCUGCUCACGCCCUCGAGGUCUACUUUCGGUGUAAUGGCGCGAGAGCGCAGGGAUCGCAGCCCCAAGAUUUUGUCGAUCCUCAUACUGGCACGAGAAUUGUCGAAGUGGAGCUCAACGUUACCAGGGACAACAUUGAAGAGUACUUUGGCAAAGAUAAAUUCAAGUGCGAAUGUAUAGCAUGGUCGGGUUCAGGCUCGAUAAAAAGUCAAACGGCUACAAUCGACGUCGCUUAUCUAAAGAAACAAUACGAAUCGCCACCGUACUCGGUUUCGGUCGAGGCUGGCCAGGGCACUGAGCUCAGAUGUCUUCCACCCGUUGGAGUACCGCCACCUCGUGUUUAUUGGCUUAGAAAUGGCGCAAAUCUUGAUACCGAUGCCGAUACACUAUUCGUCUCGAGCGAAGGACAUCUUUUACUUGGCCAAGCUAAACUCAGUCACCAGGCUAAUUACACUUGUGUAGCUGAAAACAUCGCUGCCAAACGGAUGAGUCAACCAGCCAGCAUCACGGUUUAUGUCAACGGAGGCUGGUCGUCAUGGUCGGCGUGGUCGGAUUGCCAUUCGCGUUGUGCCAAAGGUGGACAAAAGAGAACGAGGACCUGUACGAAUCCGGCACCAAUGAACGGUGGUCAACCAUGUUUGGGUCCGGCUCAGCAAAAAACCGACUGCAAUUCCGCGUGUCCUGUUGUUGAUGGUGGUUGGUCAAGAUGGUCGGCCUGGUCCGUAUGUGGAAGCGAUUGCACUCAUACAAGGAAACGAUCGUGCGACGAGCCUCCACCGAGUCACGGUGGCCGAGCUUGUCUGGGGAGGGACAAUAGCGUUGGAAACUGUACUGGCGGACUUUGCAAUGUCGGUCGAUCGAAGAUGGGCGGAGCACAACUGACUGAAGAAGCGAACAGGCAAAUGGACGUGGCGCUUUACAUCGGUCUGACGGUGGCCUGUGUCGUUAUCAGUGGACUCGCCUUUUUUCUAGCCAGGCUUUUGAGGCGUAAAGGUCGCGAUCAUUCGCUUUAUUCUAUGGCCCGAAAUGAAUUUCAGCCGGAGUUCUUUCCGGAUCAGGACAAAAAGCUGAGUCUUCAACCGGAUGUGACAGCUACAACUGUACCGGCCUGCUACGAAUACCCAUUCGAUCCUAAGCUUUCACUCUCCCGUUCACUCUCGGAGCAUCACUACGACGUACCUCAUCUGUCUAUCGCUCCUCAACCGUCGCCUAUGUCACCGACCCCAAGUACCUCGACCCAGGAAUCCUGCAGCGAUAAACAAAUACAAUCGGACAGCGAGAAUAGCAUAACAAGCUCUUAUCCGUCCUCGGAUUCGACUUACAACGUCGCUUCGGAAAGCAUCAGAUUGCCUAAACUCGAGACGUCUAACGUUGCAAGAGCUGCAGUCAACACACGCGGUGCUUUGCUCGUUCUUCCGGACUCAGGUAUAUCGAUGUCCGUUCCUGAAGGAGCUGUACCCAAACCACUUAGAAAGGAACUGUAUCUCGCUGUGCUUAACGAAGAUCGAUUCAGGCCGCGUCUACCAGAUGGCAUAACGCAACUGUCAGCAGUGGUGACCUGUGGUCCGUCGAAUACGAGUUUCAACAAACCCGUGAUACUGCAGUUCGAGCAUUGCGCAAUGCUUCAUCCUGCCACCUGGGAAUUGAGUGUCUGGGCAACGGACGACCUCGAUACAGAGGAGAUCAGCGUCAACUUGAUACCGAAGGAUCAACCGGUAACGUGGACAAGGGUAUUGACCCUUGGUAACGAGACUAUCAAUACUCCGCUGUUUACACAAUUGGAUCACGCAGAGGCGUUCAUAGUAACUGAACAAUUGCGAGGCUACGUCCUUGCAGGACAGAGCAUCGAAGGCUCAAUGGCUACGAAACGCCUGCGACUCGCCCUCUUCGGCAGUCAAACCGGACCGUGCGGAAUUCGCGUUUACGCUGUCGAAGGCCUCAAAGCAUCAAUGAAAGCGAUUGUCGAUCGGGAAUCCCAGAUUCGAGGCUACCUCCUGGACAAACCCAGAACUCUGGUUUUCCAAGACAACGGAGAACCGUUACGUGUGACCCUCGAGGAAGUUGGCAACGAAUGGCAAAGCAAAUCCCCCACCGAACGCCAAGAAGUUAAUUUCCAUGAUGUAUGGAAUUGCCAGGAAAAUACAACCCACGUUACCUUCGCUCUCGAUACUACAUUCGGAUCAUCCACCACUAGAAGUUACAAGCUUCAAGUGACCCAGGGCAAUUCUGAAACUAGGCAGGUAUUUAGGAUCGUUUACGACGGUGCUAAGCAGCUCGUAUCCUCGGGCAGCGUAACGAGACCACUCAGGGAAGUUACCGUUGUAAGUAGUGGUCAUGCCAACAAUCCGAAAACCGAUUCGUCCGCAUUGAGACCAUUCAGGUUUACGAGAUCACUCAGAAAACAGCUUUGCCAGUGUCUCGAUCCACCAAACGCCCUUGGUAACGAUUGGCGAAUGCUCGCUCAGAGGCUUCAAGUCGACAGGUAUAUCAAUUACUUCGCGACGAAGGCAAGCCCGACGGAGCACAUCUUGGAUCUGUGGGAGGCGAGGCAUCGAGAACCCAGUGCGGUCACGGAUCUGCUCAAUCAUCUCAGGGUCAUGGGAAGAACCGACGCGGCAACCAUUCUCGAGGCUCAGCUUGGCGCAUGGCUCUAAACUGACGCGCGAAUCAUGCCAAAAGUGUGCUCCAUAAAAAGUGUUUUAAAAAACAAAACUACGAGCUCAAUGACGUGAAUUUUAAAAACUUGACUAUUACAUGAGGUGGUAGUAACAAAAGACUCGAUAACAACGAUCUCUGGGAAGUGUGUCCACCUCGAGUGAUAUACCGGUGAAAACGAUGGUGAAUAGUGAUCGAAAAAUACUAAAGAUGAGUUUGGAAUUUCCGUGUCCGAAAAAAGGUCAUGAAUUGAUGGAAGCGUUCGAAGGUAACUGCUGAAAGCUAAACAAGAGAAACAAAUAAAAAAAAGUUAUCGAUUACGAUUCCAAGGAAUUUUCGAAAUAGCGAGCCUACGAACUACUGCCUUAAAACUCUCCAUGCCUCGACGAGGUAUUUCGUCCUCUCUCGAAACUGUAAAUAUUUAAAUGUUACACGUUGUUAGCUCAGCGGGAGGCAUGGAUUAGAAUGCGGUAUGAGAAAAUAAACACAUCGAAACCUCAGUUAUGCAGCCUCGUUUGAGCUGCGUCCUAAAUAAAAUCUCUCGAACAUGUUUAAAGCGUUUAUAAAGAAUAAUAAAGAAACGAAAACGAAACGCAAUAGUUCGAAAACGAAAUGAUAUGUAGAUGAUGAUGUGACGAGUUUAAAUUGAUUAAAGAAGAGUGAAAACUAUAUGCAUUUCGAUGGAUAUAUAUGUAAAUAUAAAAGAAACAAAGUAAAUAUUGAAGUAUAUACCAGUCUUACGAACGUGAGGUUCGUUUUUGUCGGAUCGAGAAAAACAAAAACCAUUAUUAUACAUGAGUAAUGUUAAGGAUAGUACGAAACGAAGGAAAAAAAGUAAUCGAACGGUAACGCCGAGUAUUGUUGAUUUGUUAUUGAAAAUGAAUGAAUGUCAAAUGAAAUAAAAACUCACGCGCAACACACAUACACACACCGUAAAUAUAUACGUAAAGCGUUACACGAACUCGAGUAUAUACAAAAACUAAAAUACAAAAUACACACGCAGCGUUGAUUUUUGCGAAUCGUGCCAAAAUCUCAUUGGACCGAGAUGUCAAAUAGUCGGGAGAGAAGAAAGAUUUUCAUUCUGUUUUUUCAUGAAAAAAAACUGAGAUGACACGUGAUUUUUUUUCAAGCCAUUCCGUUGCGACUAUUUUCUUACUUUGUCGAAUCUCAUAUUUUAAAAACUUCACUUCAAAUGCACAAAGGUAUUAACACGAUCUGAGUUCGAUAAUUAAUCUAUACGUCGACAAUACCGGGGUCGCUACAUUCUCAUUGACAAGACUGCGAGCGAACGGUAACGUCGCAACGAGUUCUUCCGUUUCGGGAACAUCGCAAUGAGUCCAAAUCACGAGAGAAUACUGCGAGAAAGUAUUGACCCGCGUCUCACGAUAUUAGUAUAACAGAGUUUUUCAAAAACGACUGGAAACGAAAUAAAUGAAGAAGAUUGAAACACGUCAAAGUUUAUUUCGAAAAAUUGUAUAUUUGUUACGUUCGACGAAUAAAAUAUUCUUGUAUACCUGAUGAGAAAACACGCACAUAAA